GUCCUGCGUCCAAUCGAUCGUUGAACCGACCUGUCAACGAAUAGUUUUUUUUCAAACGGAUGGAUAUGAAAUUGGAGGAAGACGGCAAGGGUUACGCGAUAAAACCCUGUCGUUAUGUGUUAAAGCCGAUCGGACUUUGGCCAAUGAUCUAUAGACGUGUAUCACAUACGGAAAGAAUCAUUUCUGCUAUUUUAGCUGUCACGAGUUUCUCUAGCGUUUGCUUUGUCCUGAUACCGGCCGGUCUCUAUACGCUCUUUUACGAGCACAAUAUAAAUAACAAAUUAAAGCUUUUUGGACCAAUCGGUUUCUGUUUGACCUCGACUAUCAAAUACUGUUACCUUGGGCUAAAAGGUGAAGCCAUUGGGCGUUGUAUCGCGCACGUCGAAAAUGAUUGGGAGACGGUGCUCGAUCGGAAUCAUCGAACGAUCAUGAGGAAAUAUGCUACCGUCGGUCGUAAUCUAACUAUUCUCUGCGCCCUUUUUCUUUAUAGCGGUGGUAUAUCCUAUCAUACGGUCAUGACGUUGUCCAUGACCAAGAAGAUCAAUGAAACUCUCACAAUAAAGGCGCUCACCUAUCCAGGAUAUGACAGAUACUUCGACGUGCAAGCUAGUCCAACUUACGAGAUCGUCUUUUUUCUGCAUUGCGUGUGCGCUAUGGUGAUGCAUGGCAUAACGACGGCUGCCUGUAGUUUGGCAGCUAUUUUCGUCACUCAUGCUUGUGGCCAAAUACAAAUUAUCAUGAUUAGAUUGAAUGAUCUCGUUGAAGGUAAAGAGAGCGGUGACAUCAAACUUAACGAUCGUAUGGCUAUCAUUAUCCGAGAUCAUGUAAAAACAUUAAGAUUUUCCGCGGAAGUCGAAAAGGUCUUAUGCGUCGUAAACUUGUUAGAAUUAAUAGCAUCUACCUUGAUCAUUUGUUUACUGGAGUAUUAUUGUAUUACGGAAUGGGAAAAUAACGAUCGGAUCGCAACUAUGACAUAUUUCAUUCUAUUGGUUUCUUUCACUUUUAAUAUAUUCAUAUUUUGCUAUAUAGGAGAACUAUUGGUCGAUCAGUGUAGAAAAGUCGGAGCUGCGUCAUAUAACAUCGAAUGGUAUCGUCUACCAAAAAACCUUAGCUUUGGUUUGAUCUUAUUAAUAGCGAUUUCGAAUAGACCACCAAAAAUUACAGCUGGAAAAUUAUUUGAACUAUCUCUUUUUACAUUUGGCAGUGUAAGUAUUCGGACGUCAUUGCUUUUAAUAGAAAAUACAUACGUAUCUUGAAGAUAGGUAUCUUAUUUUUUAUCCCACGAUGAACUUUAGGUACUUAAAACGUCUGUCGUUUAUCUCAACUUGAUUCGAACGAUUACAGAUUAAAUGAAAGAUAUCAAACAGACAUACGAUUCUCUCCCAUAGAUUAUUUUUUACAUAAUAUUCAUCAAGUUUGUAUUAAU